UGACACGGCCACAGUACAGCCCGCUACACCUUAGAAGGCAAAGUCGUCGUUUCCUUUCAUUUCUGGCCUGCCACGUCUUCAAGCUUUCCUCUUCCAACCGGUCACACCAAAUUAGCGCGUUUUCCAUUUUUCUUAAUUAUCGCUUACUUUUUUUUAUUUAUUCUUUCAAAAUAUUCAACCCUUACUCUUUAUGAAUAUUCAAUGAACACCAACACGUCACGCCUAUCUUUAUUGUUUUUCGAGUUCAAAGUCAAACCUCAUAGUCGUAAAUUCUUACCCACUCUUUUUCUUUCUCUCUUCAUUCUUUUCUUUGCUUCUCGCUUCUCUGUAAAUAGAGGUAAUCCAUAAUCGAUAAUUGAUAGUUGAAUUGAUCGUGCUUUAGGUUUUUGAUUUUCUUGUUUCAUUGAGAUUUUGAGUUUUGACUGUGGUGUGAAGAGUAGAAAUGGGGGCGGUUUGUUCGGCUGGGAUGGCUGGGGAAAAUGCGGAAGUUGGAGGGAAGAGUUUGGGGUUUUCUGGAAAGAUUCUUAAGAAGGGAGAUAGUUUUACGAAUCGGAAAGAUUCUGAUUCAAGGUCUCAUGAUCAAGGGAGAAGGCAAAGGAAUAAGGAAAACGGGUUUUCGGAUGAGUUCGGGUUAUCUACUUCAGCUUCAAUGGGGGAAAAACAGAUCAGCAGAAAGGGCUCUUUACUGAGCAAAGCUAGCUAUAGGGCAGUGGAAGUUCUGGACUCACUUGGAAGUGGCAUGCCAAAGCUAAAUAAUAAUAGUGGGUUUGUCUCUGGCAUGACUUCUAAAGGGAAGAAAAUAUCGAUAUUGGCAUUUGAAGUAGCUAAUACGAUAACCAAAGGUGCCAUUUUAUUUAACUCACUUUAUGAAGAAAACAUUCAGUUCCUCAAGAAGGAGGUUUUACAAUCCGAAGGCAUUCAACAAUUAGUCUCAACAGAUAUGAAAGAGUUAAUAAGCCUUGCUGAGAUGGACAAAAGGGAAGAAUUCAAUGUCUUCUCACGGGAAGUAGCUAGAUUUGGAAACAUGUGUAAAGACCCACAGUGGCAUAACCUACAUCGAUAUUUCUCAAGAUUAGACAUGGAUGUCUUGGGCGACAAACAAAAUCCGGUAGAUGCCGAAAAGACAAUGCAGGAGUUUGCCGGUCUAGUUAAUUAUACUGCGGAAUUAUACCAUGAAUUAAAUGCUUAUGAACGUUUUCAACAUGAUUAUCAACAAAAAAUUAAGGAAAUGGAGUCCUUGAAUCUUCCUCUCAAAGGUGAGAGUAUCACAAUUUUUCAAAGUGAGUUAAAGCAUCAAAAAAAGCUUGUGAGGAACUUGAAAAAGAAGUCUCUUUGGGCCAGAAAUUUAGAGGAGGUAGUUGAAAAACUUGUAGAUAUUGUUACCUAUAUACAUCAAGCAAUUUGCGAGCUCCUUGGAAAUCAUGGAAUUGGUGCUGUCAAGUAUGGUAAAGGUCCUCAAAGACUUGGUGAAUCCGGUCUUGCACUACACUAUGCGAAUAUAAUCAAUCAGAUAUAUAUGAUUGCAUCUCGCCCAGCCUCCCUUCCUCCAAAUACAAGGGAUACAUUAUAUCAAGGUUUACCAAACAAUAUUAAGAGUGCCCUACCAUCUCGGUUGCAAUCCAUUUCUAUCCCAAAAGAGCAAUCUUUCACUCACAUCAAAGCUGAAAUGGACAAGACUCUUAAGUGGCUCGUACCAUUUGCCGCAAAUACAAUCAAAGUUCAUCAAGGCUUCGGAUGGGUUGGUGAGUGGGCAAACACAAGUAAUGACUUUGGUGAUAACACAACCAAAGAGAGCAACCCAAUUCGCCUCCAGACACUUUACUACGCCGAUAAGCAGAAAAUAGAUCUUCACAUUAUUGAUUUGUUGGCAUGGAUUCACUAUUUGAUUAGCUCUAUAAGAUCCAGACAAAAUGUCUCAAGGCCAAUGCCAGCGCGCUCUCCUCCCAAGAGACCCGAACUUCAGUCUAAGAUGCGACAGUUUUUGAUUCUAUCAUUGGACCGAAACAACAAGCCAUUGGGAACUCAACUUUCUCAAGAGGAUAGGAUACUACUAGAGGAAGUAAUUGCAAGGAGGAGAAGCCCAGGAGUUAGCAAAAGCCAGGAACUUGGUGUUUCCAAGAAAACUCAAGUCAGGCACCCUCUCAGGACCAAAAGUGCUGGGAGUUCACCUGUUAGGGAGUCCUUGGGCACCACACUCAACGCCAACCGCCGAAGCUAUAACGUUUUGGAUAUUAUGGAUGGCUUAGGAUCUUGAAUUCUUCAUACAUAUACUGGCCUCAUGCUAUUUAUUUUUCUUCUGAAGAUUAUUGGUACUUCACUUUCUUAAAUGCUGACUAUAAUUCAUCACUCAUUUUUUUGUACUAUUUAAUCAUAUGUAUAUAUCCAUAUAUAUAACUGACUCGUGAUCUUAUACUGAAAUAGAUGAAUCCCAUACAUUGUUUGCAA